AUGGAACCCUCUUCGCCUAAGCGGCCCUACUUGAACUCGGAAGCACUCGCUCAGCUCCCAGACUGCUCGCGUGAUUCGGACAUCUUCGACCUCAUCCUAUUACCGAAGCGGCUCGUCGAAGUUCACGCCCGAGGCAUUUAUCGUCAUGGGGAGGUAUGCUCACCAAGAGACGAAGCCUUCUACCGCACGGCAGUCCUAGCCAUGUUCCAGGGUACUAAAGACGGUCGCAUACUCAAUGCGACUGAUCUCGAGAAGGUCUUCUCCGACUACAGCACAAACCCUGUCCGAGUCAUCGAUCUCAGUUUGCCGGUGUUGUGGGUUCUCAAUACCCGCUACUUCGCCAACCAGCAAUUCAACGUCAUCUUGCUCCUCAUGGGCGACUCGCUGGAAGUUAGCGAGCUCCAGAAGUUGGUCAUCCUCAUGGAUAUCAUCUUCUACUUCAACAACCUGCUCAUGCGUAUACUCGAUGCUAAGUGCACCGAGGAAUUUAAAAUGACCAUGUUUCCGCGGGAGGUUUAUCAUAUGCCUAUGCUGGCCGAUGACGGUGAAUUAGCUUAUUUUGAGAAUUUCAUCAACUCGAUGGAAUUCGACGUCGAUCAAUUGGUAUCGGAAAUGCGUCGCAACGGAAUCCGAAAUGGCAACCGACCCCUUUAAGGCUUGAUUAUUUAGGAUUGUUCACCAUGCUGAAGAAAGACCCUGUCCCAAUCCCUCAGCUAUCGACGUAGCUUUCGUCGCACUUGAUCACGAAUGUUCCUUCCCGCAAUCGAUUGCCGACAAAUUUGGACUUUGCGCAUCACUCUAGCUGAUCCUUAGCCAACGAGAUGAAGUCAGGACCGCAUAGAGCAAUCGAUGAUCAACGAUCUGAAUACAUCCACGAUUACUGA